AAUUUAUUUUUCGCGCCCGACAUUUUGCGAAUUUAGCUCGAGUGCCAGAACAGCCGAUAAGCCUCAUGGGCUCUGUGGGAGCUAUCGCCCUGCUUCCCGCGUAUCUCCCUUCGAAUUUCUCUUUCUUAUCGCUUAUCGUGGUGCUACUGACGCAGACCCCCUCGACUGCAUUGCCAAUUUGCCACCUUUGAACCCUCGUGACUGUCGCGAGCCGCUUCAUCGGCGCCAAAAACAAAAACCCUAAACACAAACAUAACGAUUCGGCUGACAAAACCAAGUGUUUAUCUCUAUUUCCGGCCUGAGCUGAUAAACUUAGACAUAUUAGUCCAGCAUAAGACCCUAAAAUUUGUAAUGUAUCACUGGUUCUGAUACUCGAAAAGUAAUUGUACUGUUCAAAUACUACUUUUCCUCUAUCAUCAGCAGCAUAACAGUAAAUUUCGUUAUUUUAAAACUAUACAGGAGUUUUUUGGAUUUCACACCUUCCCAGGUACACUUAGAACUAGACUUCAAUUUUAGUUCGUAUGUUUGACGACCACCAUCACUCACAACAUCCUCGUUUGCUGUUCAAAUCAAUUGUGUAAAAUAUAACUUUAAAAACCGUUUGUUUGGAAAUUUAAGUUUUUCUGGCGGUAUCUCGAUACAAAAUUUAAACAUGUGUUCACGCGAUCCGGCCACAAAUCAAUUGAUCGACUACAAGAAUAAUGACUCCGAGGUGCAAAAGGAGAUCACGACAUCCAGUGGAACUCCGGUUGGUGUAAAGGAUGCCAUACAGACGGUGGGACCGAGGGGUCCGGCUUUACUUCAGGACUUUCAGUUUCUUGACGAGUUAAUGCACUUCGACUCGGAACGGAUUCCCGAAAGGGUGGCCUAUGCCAAGGGAGCUGGGGCCUUUGGCUAUUUUGAGUGCACCAAUGACAUUUCCAAAUUCUGUGCGGCCACAAUUUUCGACAAGGUUAAGAAACGUUGUGCCAUCGCCAUGAGAUUUUCGGUGGCCUGUGGGGAACAGGGUUCGGCUGAUACGAUCCGCGAGCAACGUGGAUUUUCGGUCAAAUUCUAUACGGACGACGGCAUUUGGGAUAUUGUGGGUUGCAACAUGCCUGUGUACUAUGUGAGGGAUCCCUCGCUGUUCCCCAGCUUGAUCCAUGCCCAAAAACGCAAUCCGCAGACCCAUUUAAGGGAUCCCGACAUGUUCUGGGAUUUUAUGACGCUACGUCCGGAAACGCUGCACGCUCUGCUUAUGUACUUUAGUGAUCGGGGAACUCCUGAUGGAUAUCGCCACUUGCACGGCUAUGGAGUUCACACUUAUCGCAUGAUCAAUGCAACUGGGGAAACACAGUACGUUAAAUUCCACUUCAAGACGGAUCAGGGUGUCAAGAACCUGGACAGCCGACGAUGCGAAGAGCUAAUGUCCCAUGAUCCGGACUAUGCCAUCAGGGAUCUAUAUAACUCGAUAAAGAAGGGCAACUAUCCCAGCUGGACCAUGUAUAUUCAGGUAAUGCUCAACGAGGAGGCCAAAAAGUGUCGUUUCAACCCGUUCGACGUGACCAAAGUGUGGCCCCAGAAGGAUUUUCCCCUGCUGCCGGUCGGAAAACUGGUCCUUGAUCGCAAUCCCACCAACUACUUCACGGAGGUGGAGCAGCUGGCCUUCAGUCCGGCUCACAUGGUUCCGGGGAUCGAGCCAUCGCCCGAUAAGAUGCUCCAGGGUCGGCUCUUUGCUUACGGGGACUCGCAGCGUCAUCGCAUGGGCGUUAACUACAUGCAGAUCCCGGUGAACUGCCCCUACAGGGUUAAUGUGAGGAACUUCCAGCGGGAUGGACAAAUGACGGUGACCGACAAUCAAAAUGGGGCCCCCAACUACUUCCCCAACUCGUUCUGCGGCCCGAAGGAAAGUCCCCGGGCUUUGGGGCUGCAAACCUGCUGCCCCCUGACCGGAGAUGUUUACCGAUUUAUGAGCGGUGAUACGGAAGAUAACUUCAGUCAGGUCACCGACUUUUGGACCUACACCCUGGACAAUUGCGGCAGGAAACGACUUGUUCGCAAUUUGUCCGAACAUCUCACCGAGGCCAGUCAGUUCCUCCAGGAGCGGGCAGUAAAACUCUUCACCAUGGUACAUUCCGAUUUCGGACGACUGAUGACGGAGGCCCUGAACACGGCCAGAAUAUCCAAAUUCUAGAACUAUCACAGAACUUGUUAGUAGUACAAUGGCGCUUAAAUUGUUCGAGAUAUUGUUUAAAGUUGCUGUAACUCUAAUGUCUAAUUAGUAAUUUACAAGUAAAUUGCAUCAAGAUAGAA